AUUCCAUCCACCAUAGGUGAGUUUGAAAGCCUCACACACCUCAACUUGUCUUUUUCAAACUUUGAAGGUGAAAUUCCUCCUCAAAUCUCACGUCUUUCAAAAUUACAAUCACUUGAUCUUUCUGGUGAUUAUGAGUUUCUGUUAAAAUGGGAAGAAGGCACAUGGAAGAGGAUGCUCCGAAAUGCAACCGAUUUAAAGGUGCUAGAUUUGGAACGUACUGAUUUGUCGUCAACGUCACUGAGGCCACUCAAUUUGUCUUCCUCCUUGAUCACUCUAAGUCUUGAAGAAACAGGGCUAAAGGGAGAGUUGACCGAUGACAUUCUUUGUUUGCCAAAUCUGCAACACCUAUAUCUAUCAGGUAAUUUUGACCUUCAUGGCCAACUUCAGGAUCUUAGUUGUGCUUCAGCUUCUCUGAAUGUCUUAAAAAUCUCAAGCUGUGAACUCGAUGGGCCAAUCCCUGAUUCUUUCUCUAACCUCACACAUCUUACUUUAUUUGACCUCUCAGACAACUACUUCAACAGUUCAAUUCCACCCUCUCUCUUAACCCUUCCACGUCUAAAUUCUCUGCUUCUCUAUUCCAAUCUUCUCAGUGGUAAAAUACCAAAUGUGUUUCAUCAGUCAAACAGGUUCCAAGAAUUGUAUUUGGGUGGUAACAAUAUCCAAGGUGAACUGCCAUCAACAUUUUCAAAUCUUCAUCACCUCAUUUACUUGGAUAUAUCAUAUAACAAAUUAGAGGGACCUCUGCCCAACAAAAUAACUGGGUUUCCAAAUCUAACUGCAUUUAUGUUGACUGACAACUUGCUAAAUGGUACAAUUCCUUCUUGGUGUUUCUCUUCGCCAUCGUUGGAGUAUUUACAUCUAUCGAGAAAUCAGUUCACGGGGCGUAUACCUGCAAUCUCGUCGUAUUCCUUGCAGGAGCUGUUUUUGGAUGGCAACAAGCUACAGGGCAAUAUUUCAGGAUCACUUUUUAACCUUGUUAACCUUACAAAAAUACAGCUGUCAUCUAACAACUUCAGUGGUUCUGUCAAUUUUUCACUCUUCUCCAAGUUCCAAAAUCUAGAAUUUCUUCGCCUUUCAAAUUCAGGUCAAUUAUCACUAAACUUUGAAUCAAGCAUCAAUUAUAGUUUCUCCCGCUUACUUGAGUUGGACUUGUCUUCUAUGGGUUUAACCGAAUUUCCAAAAUUAUCCAGAAAAAUCCCAGUUUUGGAAACUCUCCAAUUGUCCGACAACAAGUUGAACGGAAAAGUGCCCAAUUGGUUGCAUGAAAUGGACUCUUUACUUGAUGUAAUCCUAGACCGAAACUUUUUGACAACAGGAGUGGACCAAUUCUCUAGGAACUACCAACUCAGCCAUCUUGAUGUAAGUUUCAAUUUACUCACUGGUGGUAUCUCUUCGUCAAUUUGUAAUGCAAGUAGCCUUCGGGUUCUCGAUUUGUCCAACAACAAGUUGACAGGCACCAUUCCACAAUGCCUUGGGAGUUCACCUUUCCUUUCCGUUUUGAGUCUA